AUGGAGGGCAUGGCUGGUUUGGCAACACAAACAACUCCUACCAUGCAGAUUCCACAAGCAACCCCUAUGACUAGCACGACCAUAGAUAAUGUGUUGCUACUAGUGCAACUAGUUAAAAGUAUGAGGGAAAUGGGUUAUGAACCAUAUAUAAGGGAACAAGAUACAGAGAUAACUGAGAGAUGGAUUAGGAAGGUAGAAAAGAUCAUGAUUCAAAUAAGCACACUUGAGGGUUUGAGGGUAAAUUGUGCAACCCGAUUAUUGUCUGAUAGGGCCAUGACUUGGUACCAUCGCAAGGUGAAAGAACAAGAGUUCUUAGCAUUAAGACAGGGUGAUAUGUCGAUAUUGGAGUACGAAAAGAGGUUCCAUGAUCUCUCAUUGUUCACCCCACGCUAUGUGUCGAUAGAGGAUUUAGAAUUUGAGAGAUGCCGAGGGAGACUGAGGGCACAAAAUGAUCGAACCCCGGGAAGGGUCUUCCACCUGACACAGGAAGAGGUUAGGGUUGCAUCAGAUGUGGUGGAAGGCAUGAAUUGGUUGAGUAAAUACAAGGCUUCAAUAUAUUGUUAUGCUAAAACCAUUACUUUCCAAACAUGUAAGGGCAAGAGAAUGAUUUUUGAAGGAGAGAGAAUUCUUAAACCAAUUGCCUUAAUGUCGGUGGUGACAGCCCAAAAACUUUUAAGAAAGGGAUGUAGGGGAUACCUCGCAUACAUCUUAAACUCUGAUGAUGAAGGUCCACGACUAAAGGAUAUUCCUAUGGUGAAGGAAUUUCCAGAUGUAUUUCCCGAAGAACUACCAGAACCACCCCCAGAGAGAGAGGUAGAGGUGUCUAUAGACACUUUUCCUAGAGUCCUACCCAUAGCCCAACAACCGUAUCGGAUGGCUCUAGCAGAACUGAAAGAGUUAAAGACUCAACUACAGGAAUUGUUAGACAAAGGGUUCAUACGGCCCAAUAAUUCUUCUUGA